AUGGCCACCCCACGACGGCUACCCGCGCAGGCCGCGCAAGCUGCGCGCAACUAUGCCACCGUGCGAACAUAUGGAGGACUCAAGGACCAGGACCGCAUCUUCCAGAACCUGCUCGGCCGAAUGCCACCAACCCUAGCUUCGGCCCGGAAGAUGGGUGACUGGCACAAGACGAAGGAGAUCAUUCUCAAGGGACACGACUGGAUCAUCGGCGAGAUGAAGACGUCUGGGCUUCGAGGACGAGGAGGUGCCGGUUUCCCGUCUGGACUGAAAUGGUCGUUCAUGAACUUCAAGGACUGGGAUAAGGACACAAAGCCACGAUACCUAGUGGUCAACGCCGACGAGGGCGAGCCGGGCACAUGCAAGGACCGCGAGAUCAUGCGAAAGGACCCCCACAAGCUCAUCGAAGGCUGCCUGGUGGCCGGGCGGGCGAUGAACGCCAGCGCCGCGUACAUCUACAUCCGAGGCGAAUUCUACCACGAGGCGGCGGUGCUGCAGACGGCCAUCAACGAAGCGUACAAGGAAGGGCUGAUCGGCAAGAACGCGUGCGGGUCCGGCUACGAUUUCGACGUCUACGUCCACCGCGGCGCGGGCGCCUACGUCUGCGGCGAGGAGACGUCGCUGAUCGAGUCGCUCGAGGGCAAGCCGGGCAAGCCGCGGCUCAAGCCGCCCUUCCCCGCGGCGGUGGGCCUCUUCGGCUGCCCGUCGACGGUGGCCAACGUCGAGACGGUGGCGGUGGCGCCGACCAUCUGCCGGCGCGGCGGCAACUGGUUCGCCGGCUUCGGGCGGGAGCGCAACUCGGGCACCAAGCUCUACUGCAUCUCGGGCCACGUCAACAACCCGGUGACGGUGGAGGAGGAGAUGUCGAUCCCGCUGCGGGAGCUCAUCGACAAGCACUGCGGCGGCGUCCGCGGCGGCUGGGACAACCUGCUCGCCGUCAUCCCCGGCGGGUCCUCGACGCCCAUCCUGCCCAAGUCCGUCUGCGACGACCAGCUGAUGGACUUUGACGCCCUCAAGGACAGCCAGUCCGGCCUGGGCACGGCGGCCGUCAUCGUCAUGGACAAGAGCACCGAUGUCGUGCGGGCCAUCAGCCGGCUGUCGCACUUUUACCAGCACGAGUCGUGCGGUCAGUGCACGCCCUGCCGCGAGGGCAGCAAGUGGACGAACCAGAUCAUGCAGCGUUUCGAGAAGGGCCAGGGCCGGCCGAGGGAGAUUGACAUGCUCCAGGAGCUGACCAAGCAGGUCGAGGGUCACACCAUUUGCGCUCUGGGUGAGGCGUUCGCUUGGCCUCUGCAGGGUCUGAUCCGUCACUUCCGUCCCGAACUCGAGAAGAGGAUGGCCGACUAUGCCGAGAAGUCCGGUGGUGCAGCGCUUGCGGGUGGAUGGAACCAUCAGGCCCGCGCUGAGGGUAAGCUUGUGGCUCCGGGCCAGUAG